AUGUUUGCAGUGGCCUGGCCGUAUAAGUAUUUCACCGUUUUUUGUCUUGGAGGACUUGUAGGGUCCAAUUUUGUGUGUGGACAAGUACUUCCGAGACAUGAAGAUAAUAUUUAUGAGUCGCGACCACCGUAUGGAGAUGACUUUGACAACGAGUUUGAUGUUGAUUUGAUCUUAUUCAGUGUGUUGUUUAUGGUGUCGUGCUAUUUUUUGCUGACGAUCAUCUAUUUUUGUAUCAAGUACCUGGUAAGGAGGUAUUUGACAACGGGCAUUUCGCUGAAUGGGCAAGGUACCACACGGAUCUUGGGACCCGCUGUUAAUGCAAGAUGGCCUAGUGCACUGGACGAUGAAAAUGUGGUCAGGGAUAAAUUAGCGAAAAUGUCGCCUGAAGAGCAAUUUUAUUACAAACAAGGUGAAGAAUUCAUUCGGCAAAAUCCACCCCUCGUCAUACCUGAGGCCAUUGGAACCGACGCCGAAGAUCCUAUAAUAAACGAGCAAACUUUGCAAUUUAUAGAGGAAGAAGGAGCCCACGCUUGGGAAUUCCAGCCAAAUGCAAAUCUUCCAAAUGACACGAUAUUGGUAGAAAACCGAACCGAAAUUACUUUCCUGAAUUACAACUAUGACGCAUCCGUGAUGGCAAAUUUACCGAUUCCGCGCAUCAACCGCAUCUAUUACUGUGAAUUUAAAAUUUUUGAACUCAAUACUGCUGGCAGUGGCAAUAAUCAGUUGUCUGAUAGUGAGCUCAUAUCUUUCGGUUUGUGCACGUCUCCUUAUCCUUACUUUAGGUUACCAGGAAGACAUCACCAUUCGAUUGCCUAUGACUCUUCGGGAGGCCGCCGGUUUAACGAUUCCUUCGAACAAGCACCCGAGCUCGCAUCCCUAUUCCCCAGAUGUGAGAAGGGGGAUGUUAUCGGAAUCGGUUAUAGGAGUAACAGUGGUACAGUAUUUUUCACUCGCAAUGGUAAAAAGUUGAAGGAAAAAUCUGUCGGUGGUCAUAUCAAGGGUUGGAAACUCAAAUAUCUCUAUCCCAUAGUCGGCGCUAAUUUACCAUGCAAAGUUCAUGUCAACUUCGGCACGCACGGAUUUGUUUAUAUUGAGGCUAACGUGAAAAAAUGGGGGUACGCUAAGUUAAACGGUAUCAAGCUACCCCCUCCCUCUUACGAAGAUUAUGACCAAGACGUUCUGGUCGAAAGCAAUUAUGAGGACGAUCUCUCUGACAACGAAAGCGUUUCGACCUCUGAAGUUGGUAACGUGGUUGAUCGUGAAGGACAUUUGCUGCCACCCCCACCGGGAUUUGAGUUCAGUACUUCUCCUUCCUCUGUUGUGGGUGAUGAAUAUACUUUGAACUCUUUGCCAGCUGAACCCCCCUCCUACAUCUCUGAUGAUCAUGAAUCAAUUGAAAUUCAGAAUUCUGCACCAGGAGCUGGAGACUCUCGCGAAGACGGUAAAAGCUCACAUGACGACAACGAUGAGGCUAAAAAAAAUGCAUUUGUCAAUCAAUUCUUGUAG